AUUUUAUUUUUUUAUUUUAUUUUGGAACGACAAAUCACAAAUCAAUCUUUCGAGUUCGACAAGUCUUCAAGUCUUGAAUUGUAAUUCCUGUGGCUGUUCAUCAGAGAUUUAUUUUCAUACACGCUAGGGUUUUGAUUUGGUGUUUCGGAGAUGGACUUGACCCAACCACAGGCGAACCUCUCUCUAGGGUUUUCGUCCCAUACAUCGCCACCCCACCGUACCCAAGUCUCCGACGACUCCAUCACCCUCCAGCUCGACUCCAGCCUCCGUGACCCCACCUCCACCCACCAACCGCUACCACCCUUCGCUCUCCAAUUGCUUGAACCCCAAACCCCCACCGAGAAGCCCGCUGAAAACGGCUCCUUUUUAGACGCCGAACCCGCUGAUGCUGAUGACGAUGGCGUCGACGAAAUCCGCCUUCUCGGUCACUCUAUGUGCCUCAAGCGCCGCCGAGACAGGGAGUCUUCAUCGUCGUCGAUUUCCACGCCGAAUUCCUACUCGAGGAGAGCGGUCUCGGCCGAACCCGACCUUGAGUCGCGGCGGGGCGCGGUGCGGUCGUGGGGCCACGCGGCGCUGCGCGUGGCGGACCCCGAUGUGUUCGAGAUAAUGGAGAAGGAGAAAGAGAGGCAAUUCAAAGGGAUCGAAUUGAUUGCGUCGGAGAAUUUCGUGUGCCGGGCCGUAAUGGAAGCGCUCGGAAGCCACUUGACCAACAAAUACUCGGAAGGAAUGCCCGGUGCGCGAUACUACGGCGGGAACCAAUACAUCGACGAGAUCGAAACGCUGUGUUGCGAUCGCGCAUUGGAGGCGUUCGGGCUUGAUUCGGAUAAUUGGGGCGUGAAUGUGCAGCCGUAUUCGUGCACGUCUGCGAAUUUCGCGGUAUACACGGGGUUGUUGCUUCCUGGGGAUCGGAUAAUGGGGUUGGAUACGCCGUCCGGAGGGAAUACGAGUCAUGGGUAUUGCACGCCCAAUGGGAGGAAGGUUUCCGGGGCGUCGAUUUUCUUUGAGAGUUUGCCGUAUAAGGUGAAUCCGCAAACGGGGUAUAUUGAUUUCGAUAAGCUUGAGGAGAGGGUGUUGGAUUAUCGUCCCAAGAUAUUGAUUUGUGGGGGGAGCUCGUACCCUCGGGAAUGGGAUUAUGCCAGGUUUAGGCAGAUUGCGGAUAAGUGUGGCGCUGUGCUCAUGUGUGAUAUGGCUCAAAUAAGUGGCAUUGUUGCUGCUAAGGAAUCUGUUAACCCCUUUGACUACUGUGACAUUGUCACCUCAACAACUCAUAAAAGUCUUCGAGGUCCUAGGGGAGGUAUAAUUUUCUAUAGAAAGGGUUCAAAGCCAAGGAAGAGAGGAAUGCUCUUGAGUCAAGGAGACGAAAGCGACCAAUAUGAUUUUGAGGAAAAGAUAAACUUUGCUGUGUUUCCAUCAUUGCAAGGUGGACCACACAAUAAUCACAUCGCUGCUCUUGCCAUAGCCUUAAAACAAGUUGCUACACCUGAGUACAAGGCAUAUAUGCAACAGGUGAAGAGAAAUGCUCGGGCUCUAGCAUCUGCUUUACUGAGAAGAAAAUGCAGGUUGGUUACUGGUGGCACAGACAACCAUUUGUUACUUUGGGAUCUAAGGCCUUUUGGAUUAACAGGUAAAAAUUAUGAGAAAGUCUGCGAGAUGUGUCACAUAACUCUCAAUAAAAUUGCUAUUUUCGGUGACAAUGGAACCAUCACUCCUGGAGGAGUAAGGAUUGGUACCCCGGCUAUGACAACUAGAGGUUGUCUAGAGAUUGAUUUUGAGACAAUUGCUGAAUUCCUCCUUAGAGCUGCACAGAUUGCUAGUACAGUACAGCGAGAGCAUGGGAAGUUGCAAAAGGCUUUUCUGAAGGGUCUCGAAAAUAACAAGGACAUUGUUGAACUCCGGACCCGAGUUGAAACUUUUGCCACACAGUUUGCAAUGCCAGGUUUUGACGUUUGAAUGGGUUCUGGAGUUGCAGAAUAUGAAGGGUCACCAACUUACCAUGUGACAUUUGAAGGGGCUCUGGAACCACUACAUUAUCCUUUUCCUUUUAUACCUGUCGGGCCUCUGCUGCUCAUGGUAACUACCAAAUUCAUGUCCUAUGAUUGCCCUUGUGUUCUGGGUUGGCACAUCUGCAAUUAUUUGACGACGGUUUAUGCAGUUGCCAGCCUUUUGCCAACUAAAGUGUCAUAAGGUCAGAUUUGACUUGGGUGCUGUAAAAAAACACUACAGGAUAUGUGCUGUAGUUUUUCGACGGUCAAGAUUUAAUUCUAAGUUUCUAAUGAGAAAGAUUGAAAUAAAAUCUGGACUGUUGAUACGCUGUAGUUUUUUUACAGCACCAAUGCCAAAUCCGGGUCACAGUUGGUACACAGAUUUUGCCAUUGUUGAGGAUUAUUUUGAUAGUUAAUGCUUCCUGCUAUUUUGAUAAAAUGGUAGCUCCAGACAUCUGAACCAUGAAUGAGCAUGAUGCCUGGGACACUUUAUGAUUCAGCUGUCAAAACAGAAGAUCAAACUAUGAUCAACCAAACCCAGAGUCCAACCUUCUUCAUUGAUGGAGGAGAGCCUGCAGGAUACUCUGAACUUGAUAUGUAUAAAUUGAAGCGUUGAAUUAUUUUCACUGUUGUUUGAUACAGCCUGUGCAAUGUUGGAUCAAUAAUUCUUUGAUCCCCUUAACAUUGUCAUAUUAUUUUUGCUAAAUAAUCUCAUUGAUAUACAGCAUGCUGAUUUUCCGAUCAUUCUUUGCAGAGAUAGAGGUGGGAAAUGUGGGGUCAUUCUGUACUUUUGUAUAGUUCCUUGGAAGUUUUGUAAUAUCAAUUCUUUAGGGAACAAAAAAAGGCUGUAAA